AUGAGGCUACGCAACCUCUUUGUCUUCGGGGCGGCCGCGCUGGCGACCGCCUCACCACCAUCAGCCGACACGGAGGAGGAUAUCACACGAGAAAACACAUACUUCAAUGGCAAGAAGGUUCCACCGAUUUUGGAACUCACCCCGGCCAAUUACAAGGAGGAAUUAAAAAAGUCAAAGUUCCUGAUGGUCAAACACUUCAGCCCGUGGUGCGGACAUUGCCAGGAAUUUUUGCCGACCUUCCAGACGUUGUACGAGUAUUACUACACAUCGAAGCCAGUGGGCAAGGAUGCCGACUUCACCGAGUUCUAUGAUUUCAGAUUCGCUGAACUCAACUGCGUCGCGUACGCCGAUUUAUGUACUGAGAACAAGGUCGCCGCAUGGCCAACAACUAUUUUGUUUGAGGAUGGCGAGCCUUUGGUCACCUUUAGGGGCGUCAAGCACAUUAGUGUUCUCAGUGGUGCUGUCGAAGAUGCGCUCGAGAAGGUGAAGCCCAACACCAGGCCCAAAACCCUCGAGCUCCCCGAACCUGGCGACAAGACAUCCCCUGAUUCCAAGGCCGAAACCGAGAAGACCGAGAAGGCAGAUGCCAGGGAAAAGGGGUCUGAAAAAGAGCUGGUCAAGGAAACUGAGAAGGAGAAGGAGACCGAAACCUCCACCGCCGCCAGCGCCGAUGCUUCAACGGAAGGGGAAGCGACACCAAAGAAGACCUACACUGUCAACUACAAUACCCCUUCGCAGAAGGUCACCCCUAAGCCGUCGAACCCCAACCCCAAGGGUCUCUCCGUUCCUCUGACUUGGGAAUUGUUCCAAAGCAUGGUUACCCUCACCCAGGAGCCUUGGUUUGUCAAGUUUUAUGCACCAUGGUGUCACCACUGCCAGGCUAUGGCCCCGAAUUGGGAGCAGUUGGCCAAGGAAAUGAAGGGCAGGCUCAACAUUGGUGAGGUCAACUGCGACCGCGACACUAGGCUUUGCAAGGAACUCCGCGUCCGUGGCUAUCCUUCCAUCAUGUUCUUCAAGGGCGGUGAGAAGGUCGAGUACGAGGGCCUUCGCGGGCUGGGCGACUUUGUCCAGUAUGCUGAAAAGGCCAUUGAUCUCUCCAGCGGGGUUCCGGAUGUCGAUUUCGACUCUUUCAAGGCUCUCGAAGAGAAGGAGGAGGUCAUUUUCCUCUACUUCUACGAUCAUGCUACCACCAGCGAAGACUUCCUUUCGUUGGAGCGUUAUCCUCUCAGCCUUAUUGGCAAAGCCAAGUUGGUCAAGACCCGGGAUCCCAAGUUGUAUGAUCGAUACAAGAUUACCACUUGGCCACGUCUGAUUGUUUCGCGCGAGGGCCGCCCGACUUACUACACUCCUCUCGCGCCUAGGGAAAUGAGGGAUACCAGAAUGGUUCUCAACUGGAUGAAGUCCGUCUGGCUCCCCCUUGUUCCCGAGCUUACCCCGUCCAACGCCCGCGACAUCAUGGACGGCAAGAUCGUUGUUCUGGGGGUUCUAAACAGAGAGAAUGAGGAUUCUUUCCGUGGCGCUAUCCGUGAGAUGAAGAGUGCGGCCAACGAGUGGAUGGAUAAGCAGAUUCAGCUCUUCCAGAUCCAUCGCCAGGACCUUCGUGACGCCAAGCAGCUCCGCAUCGAGGAGGCCGAGGAUCGUGGUGACCAGCGGGCUCUGCGCAACGCCAAGAACAUUCGCAUCAACAUGGACAGGUCGGACAUGAAAGAGGCUACCUUUGCCUGGGUUGACGGCAACUUCUGGCAGCGGUGGAUUCGCACCACUUAUGGCAUUGAUGCCAAGGACGGUGACCGUGUUAUCAUCAACGAUGAAGAUAAACGCCGGUAUUGGGACCAAACUAGCACUGGAAACCCCAUUGUUCCCUCGCGCACAUCCAUCCUUGAAACCCUCAACAAGGUCACAGUCAACCCACCAAAGCUCAAGCCGAAGCUUACCAUUGGUGUGAUUGAGAAGAUGUUCUUCGAUAUCAAGAUGACCUUCAAGGAGCAUCCCUAUCUCAGCAUGGGCUGCAUCCUUGGCAUCGCUUUUGGUCUCUUCCAGUGGCUCAUGGGAAGAACCACAAGAAGAGCCCGCAGUCACUUUAAGCUCGAGGAGGGCGUUGGAAUGAAGGAAUCGAAGCCCUCCACGUUGUUUGGCGGAUCAAGCAACACUGCCACCAAAGCGGACUAG